CUAUCCAUCAUAUUUCUCUGCUGCUCUCUGCUUUCUUCUUCUUCUUCUUCUUCUUCUUCUUCUUCUUCUUCUUCUUCUUAGUUUGAUUCAAAAAAUCUCCUUCCUCUUCUUACUUUAUCUCGUAUUAUCCAUUAAUCCUAAACCCUUUAGUCUCUCCAUCUUCCGCUUCAACAAUCAGAAUUUGGGUUUGGCGAAAGAUGCUAACUUUGAAAGUGAGACUAAUCGUUUGAGUAAAAAACAUGCGAAUUUUGUGUGAUGCUUGUGAGAGCGCCGCCGCUAUCGUCUUUUGCGCCGCCGACGAAGCUGCCCUCUGUUGCUCCUGCGACGAAAAAGUUCAUAAGUGCAACAAGCUGGCUAGUCGGCAUCUUCGUGUAGGCUUAGCUGAUCCGAGUAAUGCACCAAGCUGUGACAUAUGCGAAAAUGCACCCGCAUUCUUUUACUGUGAGAUAGAUGGUAGUUCCCUUUGUCUACAAUGUGAUAUGGUGGUACAUGUUGGUGGGAAGAGAACACAUAGGCGGUUUCUAUUACUGAGACAGAGAAUUGAGUUUCCAGGCGAUAAGCCUAAUCAUGCUGACCAACUGGGACUACGGUGUCAAAAGGCUUCCUCUGGUCGUGGUCAAGAAUCAAAUGGGAAUGGUGAUCAUGAUCAUAAUAUGAUCGAUCUUAACUCCAAUCCUCAAAGAGUACACGAGCCUGGAUCACAUAACCAAGAGGAGGGUAUUGAUGUAAAUAACGCAAACAAUCACGAGCAUGAAUAGUGAUCGCAGAUACACAAGAUCAAGUAAGAACCUAUGCAAGAACAGUAUCUUUACAGGGAAAUGUCUUAUUUUGUUUUGAAGAAAUUAGCUUAGAGGAAACAAAUAUGUUGUUUUCUGAAUUUCUUCUCUUUUCCUUUCUUUUGUGAAAUGAUCAAUUAGUGGAUAACGAUUCUUCAGAGUUAUAUCUCAAAUAUAUGAUUUUCUCUCUUCUCACAUUCAGACAAAGCUUUAAUAGAAAAUAGUAAAAUGGUUAGCCAUUAAAGGAGAUGCCUUCUUGGCUCGGUUUAAGUGAUCACCAUGAGCCAUGACUAUUAUCUUCUUCUUCUCUCUCUGAU